GUUAAUCCAGACUGUCCCCUCCACUAUAAAUACCCUCCAAACCCUAACUCUCACUCUCGCACUAUCAGACUCUCACUUUACCUUUUUUAGGUCCGUACAUCAAGUCCAUGCCUGUUGACGGGCUAAACCUCCGCCGAGACUCCCUCACAUUCGCCGGAGCUCCGUCGGGGACUCCUCCGGCGAAGGGUGAGCGAAGAGAGACGCAUUUCAGAGGCGUGCGCAAGCGGCCCUGGGGGCGGUUCGCGGCGGAGAUCCGAGACCCGUGGAGGAAGACCCGGAAGUGGCUCGGCACCUUCGACACCGCCGUGGAGGCCGCACUCGCCUACGACGAGGCCGCCAUCAGCCUCCGCGGCUCCAAAGCCCGCACCAACUUCGGCCUCCGCGGCCUCUUAGUCUCUCCGCCGGUCGCCGUCGCCGGAACUCCCGGCGAGGUUUUCGGCUUCAGGCCUCUGCCGGACUUCUUUCCCGGGGGAGGUAGUCCGGCGCCGGCGAGGUCGGAGUUCAAAGGGUACGUGAUGGAGAACGCAGACGUGGUAGUGGCCGGGCAGGAGGAAAAGAAGAAAAUGAAGGAGAAACCAUUUCUCUUCGACCUGAAUCAGCCUGCGCCGCUUUUCUGAGCCGCCGGAGACGAGGUUCCCAGUGAGUUCUUCCUCCGGAGAAGAUAUUGCUCUUGUAUUUUUGUUCAUGUUUCGGCAUUUUUUCUUCUUUUUUAAGUUCCUCUUCUAGCAUCGUAGUUUAGUUAGUUAGUCUAUAUCUUAUUCCCCCCCUUAUGUACAGCCAAAAAAAAAAAAAAAAAAAAAACCUUUCUGAUUAUAUUGCAAUUAAGGUUGGGCGGGCUACAGGCUACUGUGAAUUCAAUGAAAAUCCUACCAUGAGAAAAUGCUCUGGAAUUCUAUGACAG